AUGCGUCGGUCUUCUACUGUCCUGGCGCGACUCUCCGGUAGCGGCGGUUACCGGGGCAACUGGCGACACGUCCUGUUGGCCUCCGCGUGGAGUGUUAUGCCAGCCGUGUUUGGUCGCGCGGCGCGGGAGAGCCGGGCCCUCCACAAAGUUCCGCUACGUGUGGACUCCGUGAAUGCGAAUGAAAAUGGAAACCGUGUCGUUGGAAGCCCGGCAGCUCCUGGCGGUGGCAACGCAACGAGUUUAUUCCUGCGUCGAGGCCGAGCCACCGCGCGAGCGCCUGAUACGCCGUGUGAGACAGAUAUGGAAGGAGAGGUCCGGACAGGUGUCUCGAAUGAAAGUGCGGCAUCUGAGAACAAGAUCCUUCGAGCAUUUGAUCGUUGGGCUGAGAAAAAUGGUGGAUGCAGUGCCAACGAGUUCCUGCAAGGUGUGCGCCAAUCGUACUACGGCCUGGGUGUACUCUGUGAGACGCUUGCAGAGGCAGCGAAGCCACAGCUACCACUUGGCAAAGUUGUUCCUCUUGCAGGUGCCCUGGCACAGUUAAAGGGACUUCUGACCAAACAGUACGCAAUUAGUUCAAAGGACCUCGCCGAUGAAGUGACGAAUGUUGCGGAGAAGUCGGGUAAGGAGGGACAGCGAACGCCCAAAGUAGUGGCGGAGGCGUUGACGCAGAUAAUUCCCAUUUCUCUUGAACUGGGAGAACGUAUGUACUACAUGUGGAACAAGCAGCGGGUAUUUGACUCCAACGUGCUUCGUAUUGCUGCCCCAAAUGACUACAUUUUGUCGACAAACAUGGUGUUCUUCCAUGAGUGUCACAAACUGAAAGAAGUCCACUUCGUGGACGAUGCCCAAUUGACGGUGAUAGUGACUCCUCCCUCAGCUACUGCUCAGGAGGGGGCCAGCAGAGGCCCCAACGUCGCUAGUGGUGGUCCGGCGAGGUCCAACCCUGAAGAGGGGACGGCGCCUGCGGCGAAGUCGACCACGAGGGAGGCGAAGGAUGCAGCCACGGGUAGCACUAAAGACGGGAACCAGCUGAAGGGUCAGACAAUUAUUACUUUCAAGGGACGCCCGUUACCACGAAUCCCUGCUACGGCAGUGGCGUGUGUUGUGGCCUCCAUUGACGUGGUGACGCCUCCGCAGCGCUACGAUCACAAUUUUGACUGGUAUUAUCAGCGAAUCCGAGGUCACGAGAAUGAGUACCAGCGUAUUGCCGUCGCACGUUUCUUUGCCAUGGCGAACGCUCAGGCGGUUUUGGCCCCGCUCGACUUUCUCGUUCGGAUGUGUACCGGCCGCCAUCUAGAGCUUGCCUGCCCCCCAGGCAUCUCGGAUAUGAUUGGCAUCCCAAAGAACAUUGCGGAGUGUCCGCCGGCAAUGCGCAAGUUGUUGUGUUACUACAUGGACGCCGAUGGUCGUUGGGUGCUGUCAGAUUUGCUCUGGGUGGACACAGUCACGACGCCGAUGAUGCCUAAGACAGCCCCUGCGUAG